AUGUCUGCCCCUCUAGGCUUGACGAGUCGCAUCCUGGUAGCAAUAAUCCACUGCUUGGUGGCCGCAAUCUCUCCGGCGUCUUGCAGUAGCUCCCUCGACCGGGGCGGCGAUGUCAUCGGCUUCAGCUUCCCGUCGAUGGAGGGUCCGCAGUACGACGGGAGCGAGCUUAUGUUCUCCUGGGAUGCCGGUGUACUCGGCCGUGCUCUCCACCUCACCGCCGACGGUGUCUAUGAACCGCCGGUUGUAUACUCUCCAGACUCGAAGAGGUCAGCCGGCCAUGUCAGCCUCUCACAAGGUAUCCCACUCGCUCUCGAAUCGAAACCCUUCGACUACGACGACGACGGGCGGCUAUGGUCGGCGUCGUCGCAGGAGGCGUCCUUCAACACUAUCUUCACCAUGAGCAUCAGCCGGCCGCACGGCUACAAGGCUGACGACGGCGGCCUUCUAUUUGAGGUGCUGCCCCAGCCCGACGACGAACGCCAUUGGGACGGCCUUGACAGGGCCAUUUACUUCCCCUUGUCUACCACGGCAAGCGGCAGCAACAUCUCCGUUGAGAUCGGCAAGCUGGAGUACUAUUACCAUCAGGGGCUGUUCGGUCUGUAUGUCUCCAUCGUGCCACCGGCCCCGACGACGCCAUACUCGACGCCGGCGAACUACACGGUGUGGAUUGAUUACGACGCCAAGAGGCACAACCUUUCAGUUUAUGUCGACGACGAAGGGAAAGCAAAACCAGGACCAGGACAAGCCACGCUUCAUUCCCCCCUCAGCAUCAUCGCCGUCGUCAGUGGGGUCGUCAGGAGUAGGCGGCGGGGGUGGCACAACGGCUCCCCAGACGGUAGUUCCAAGUUUGGUUUAUUCGCCUCCAAGAACAGGUUAUUGCCGUCAUGCCAGCCCGUGGUGUAUAGCUGGAACCUGACGGUGGACAGGCUCUGCUAUUGUUUUCUUGGGCGCUUGGUGCUUAGUGUCAAGGUACAGGGCUCUCACGAUGAAGCUGAAGCUUUCAAGGCGAUGCGGAGGCUACCCGGAAUACCCCGGGAGUUCGGGUAUGCCGCCGUCAAGAAGGCCACCAGGAACUUCCACGAGAGCAUGAGGCUCGGCAGUGGAGGCUUCGGUGCCGUGUACAAGGGUGCCAUGAUUGCCACCUGCGACGGAGACGACGGCCGCCAGCGGCUUCAGUACGCUGCCAUGGCCGGUGGUGGUGUGACUGCGCGGCCGAGCUAG